CAGGGCUAGUUAGGCUUCCCGAGUUGGCCGCGCAUCCGUGCCCCUGCGGGAGGGCUUCGUCUGCCCCGCUGCCGAGAGCCCGGGAGCCCCAGGCCUGAGACACUCCGAGUUCCGGUGUCCCGGGCCAGGGCUUGGCCGGCGGGGCGCGAUGGCGACAUGGCGGCGUGACGGCCGGCUGACCGGCAGCCAGCGGCUGCUGUGCGCUGGGCUGGCCGGGGCGCUCAGCUUGAGUCUCACCGCACCACUGGAGCUCGUGACUGUGCUAGCCCAGGUCGGCGUGGUGCGAGGUCGCGACCGAGGGCCAUGGACCACAGGGCUCGCCGUGUGGCGGGCCGAGGGGCCCCGGGCCCUGUGGAAGGGGAAUACGGUGGCCUGCCUGCGCCUCUUUCCUUACAGCGCCUUGCAGCUCACUGCCUACCGCAAGUUUGUUGUACUCUUCAUGGAUGACCUGGGCCAUAUUUCCCAGUGGAGUGCCAUCGUGGCUGGAAGUCUUGCAGGCAUGGUUUCCACCAUUGUGACAUACCCUACAGACCUCAUCAAAACGCGCUUGAUUGUGCAGAAUAUGCUGGAACCAUCAUAUAGGGGGAUCCUCCAUGCUUUUUCUACUGUUUAUCAACAGGAAGGAUUUCUGGCUCUUUAUCGAGGGGUUUCCCUUACAGUUUUAGGUGCUCUCCCUUUCUCUGCUGGCUCCCUUCUAGUUUACAUGAACCUGGAGAAAAUCUGGAAUGAACCCCGAGAUCGCUUCUCUCUCCUCCAGAACUUUGCCAAUGUCUGCCUGGCUGCUGCGGUGACUCAGACCCUCUCCUUUCCCUUUGACACGGUGAAGAGGAAGAUGCAGGCUCAGAGCCCCUACCUUCCCCACUGUGGGGGAGUAGACGUCCAUUUCUCAGGAGCCACGGACUGCUUCCGGCAGAUAGUGAAGGCCCAAGGGGUCCUGGGGCUCUGGAAUGGAUUGGCAGCCAACUUACUGAAGAUAGUUCCAUAUUUUGGAGUUAUGUUUGGUACCUUUGAGUUCUGCAAGAGAAUCUGUCUUUACCAAAAUGGUUAUAUUGUGUCACCUCUGAGCUAUAAAUUGACCCCAGGGGUGGAUCAGAGUUUGAAGCCUCAGGAAUUACGAGAAUUAAAGAAGUUCUUCAAAACUGGAAAACUAAACUCUAGAAAACCGACUCUUUAAAACUGAACGGAACUAGAAGUGCACUGACUGAAGGGGUGUUGCAAUCACAGACAAAUGUAGCCUCAUAAUUGCACACGUGUGGAGUGAUAAGAGGGUACUCUGAUCUGCUGCUCUUGGAAAUGAGAAGAUUCAGCCAUACGCAACCUCUGAGCUCCAAACUGAUGUGCCUGGGAACACCUGCACUGUGGGAAGGUUUCCCAACAUGACCUUCUCAUGAUGGCGUUUCACCAGAUUUUAUAACAAAAGCUAGUAGUAAUGAUAUGUGCUGUUUACACAAUACCAAAGAAAGGGCAUUGUUAUGACACCUCAAAGCAACAUGUAGUUGAAGUGGCUGAAUAGAGACCAUGUCAUGCACUCAGGUCACAAGGUCAUAGCUUUGCACUAACCCAUAUUGGCCCAGUUUUGCUCAAUUUGACCUGAGAUUUCCUACUCUAAUCAUUCUGGAAUUCAUAAUCUUUGCUGACUUCUGAGUAUACACAUCACAGUGUAAACUAUGCCUUAUCAGAAGCUAAAUGAAAGUGUUUAACAUUUGAAAGUUAUGACUAUCAUAGUAGAAUCAUCCGUUAUUUAAAUUUGAAGCAUCCCAGACUUAGAACCUGGUAUCUCAGGAAGGCAGUUUUUAGCAUGACUGCUUAUUCAUGCCCCGAAAGACCUUCUUCCAGUUGAAGUCAAGUUUAAGUGGCCUGAAUUCUCUGCCUUUUUAACUUGCUUUGCAAGCCUACCUUGAAAAUGAAUUUUUUAAUCAACUUAUGUUAUUCUCACAAGACAUCCCAGUUGCCUAGAAGGGAUCAAAUAGAUCAUUUUACACACAUACCAAAAAAAAAAAAUAACUGACAACAGUUUAGGCUAAUUAUCUCUAUUAGAUUUUUAAAAAGUCAAAUUUUGGAUUGUUUCACCUUGGGGAUUUUGUGUCAAGUUUAUAUAACUGUACUUUCAAUUAGUGUCUAUCCAUGCAUUAAGCAAUAUCUAAUAUUAUGAUACUAAUUUAUACACAAGCUUUUAGUAUGUUGAAAAUAUUUUUCUCUAUUAAAUUCAU